AUGAACAAAGUAUUGGGACAAAGCUUCCUAGAAAGUAUCACCUACGAGCAAUCCCAGGAUGUCGAAAUUACCACGCAGCUUUUGCAGUCGCUUCCUAUUUCUCAAUUGGUUGGUAAAGGGUUAGCUAUCAACCAUCUAGCGUUGCAGAACGUUCGCACUGGGUUAGCAGGGAAAUUAUACGUGGAGCUUGGUCCCGACGCGGCAUUCACUCAUGAACUGAUACGUGGAGAAGUAAGAAACGGAGAUCUAGUCUUGGUGAGACCUUCCAGUGGUAAGAAAGAUGGCAUAUCCUGUGAAGGCGUGGUAACCAAAAGUUCUGAUAAAAUGAUCACCAUUGCAAUCGACGAAGCUCAAGAGAACAAUGCCUUGAGUUUGUACAAUGCCACUACGCUUUGCUUGCUGAAAACAACAAACACUAUCACUUAUAAACGCAUGCAGUCAACAUUGCGAAAACUAUGCGAAAUCGAAGGUACACCCAACAAUGAAGUCAUGCAAUACCUCCUGAAUGAAGCGAAAUUCAUCCCUAGGAAAGACAAACUGGAUACUAAGUUCUUUGACGCCAACCUCAAUUCCUCCCAAAAGGAUGCAAUCGAUUUUUCGCUGCAGAAUAAAAUCAGCAUCAUUCAUGGCCCGCCAGGGACUGGUAAAACCCAUACUUUGGUCGAGCUAAUCCGCCAAUUGUGCGAUCAGGGUCAUCGUGUUUUAGUGUGUGGACCGUCAAACAUUUCUGUCGAUACAAUUUUGGAGCGUCUUGCAAAGGUCUUGCCAGGGCAAAAUCUACUUAGAAUUGGACAUCCGGCACGUCUUUUAGAGAAGAACUUAGCUCAUUCAUUAGAGGUUCUCUCCAAAAGUGGCGAUGCUGGCGCUAUCGUCAGAGACAUCUCGAAAGAAAUUGAUGACACUAUUGCGAAGGUCAAAAAACUGAAAUCAUACAAGGAUCGGAAAGCGAGCUGGAAUGAGGUCAAAAUCUUACGCAAAGAGUUGAGAGCCCGCGAGCAAAAAGUGGUGACAGACCUUAUACUUUCCGCUAGAGUAAUUGUUUCUACCCUGCAUGGUUCAAGCGCACGGGAAUUAGUCAAUUGCUACUCGCAUACAGAUCAUCUGUUCGACACGCUGAUCAUCGACGAAGUGUCACAAAGCUUGGAACCACAGUGCUGGAUUCCGCUGAUAUCUCAUUACAAAUCGAACAUGCAGAAGCUGAUUCUAGCUGGAGAUAACAAGCAGCUCCCUCCGACCAUCAAGACAGAAAAUAAUGACGCAGUGAAACGAGCACUGACAACUACACUAUUUGACAGAUUGGUGAAGGUAUAUGGUGAUUCUUUUAGAAACCUUCUGGAUACGCAAUAUCGUAUGAACACCAUGAUCAUGGCUUUUUCAUCUCAAGAAAUGUACGGUGGGAAACUGAAAGCAGCUGACGCAGUCGCGAAUUGGACUCUCGCAGAUUUGCCAGCCGCUGAUAUUAACGAGAACACGGAGGCACCUUUGCUAUGGUACGACACACAAGCUGGCGAUUGUCCUGAAAGAGAUGAGGAUUUUACCGAUGCAGGUGCACUUUCAUCAAAACUCAACGAGAACGAGGCUUACCUAGCGCUACACCACGUUUUCAAUUUAAUCAAUAGUAACAUCUCACAGGAAUCAAUUGGUAUCAUCGCUCCCUACAAUGCUCAGGUCUCGCUGCUCAAAAAGCUGGUGCAUGCCCAAUACCCACUGGUCGAAAUUUCUACAGUCGACGGUUUCCAAGGCCGAGAGAAGGACGUCAUUAUUCUGUCCCUAGUGAGAAGCAACGACAAUUUUGAAGUGGGCUUCUUGGCCGAUGAAAGAAGACUCAACGUGGCUAUGACGAGGCCAAAGCGACAAUUAUGCGUCAUUGGUAAUAUGGAGACUUUAGAACGAAGCAAGGUCAAGUUUCUUGAAAGGUGGGUGAGGUGGUCAGAGGACAACAGUGAAAUACGGUAUCCGGACCUUAGCGAAGUAUUGUGA